UUUCGUUCGGUUUUGGCUCGAUCGUUGAUCUUUCGUAUCCACCUAGAUCGGACCUCGACCAGUCUGUGGUGUGUAUGAUUUUAAAGUUUGAACAUAUAUCCGGAUAUUUCGCAACUCUUCAGUAUGUCCUUAUUGCCGGCUCGGAGGUUUUGAGGUGGACGCUAUUAGUUCGAUAUUUGUGUGUUUUUGAAGUGAAUCCGUUUAUAUAUAGUUCGUUAAAAUGGUUGUGAAUAAAGUUACCAUGCCACCUCAGCCCAAUAUACCCAACUUAAACAUGAGGCGUAUUUUCCUCAAUACUAAGAUGGCUGCUGACUGCACUGAUAACACAAAUGGAAAUAACACCCAUUCCACCCUGAUGAACAUCAAACCAGUUAGAACAAAUGCCUCUCAGUUGCAGACAAAUUCGCAGACCAGUACGACAACGACACGACUAACGACCGCUUCGAGCUCUUCAAGCACGAGAAGACAGCUUACGACCUCUUCUUCGGACCUGAAGGCAUCUAACAUGAAAACCGACCUGGUGGAGCUUAACAACAACAUGAACGAUAUGAGGAGCACUUUUCCUUCGCUGGACACCUACGAUCUCAAGCAGAAGAUCAAAAGUUCUUUGGAGAACCUGGUGGACGUCGACGAUGACGUGGAAAUGACUGGGCAGCCCUUGGUCACCUUCCCCGAAGACACUCCGGUACCUUCGGAGGUCGGUUCUCCGACGGCCAUAAUGGAUACUGUGAAGUUUGAGCAGAAGACGAUGAAUAACUUUAAGAAGACAAAAGUGAUAACGGACGGUUUUAGUGCAGAGAAAGAAAGUGCCAAUUGCGCUGAAAUGAAGAAGCUUCAAGCAGGUGAUGUUUCUUACGAGGAAAACAGCGCAGCUGCUGCUUCACGUGCCAGGUUAGAAGUGGACGGUGUAUCUGCAGAAAAAAGUUUGCUGACCUCCAAGGAGGCAAGAUCUCUCAUUGCCGGAGAAGUAAGCGCCCAAGAAAGCAAAAACAUGGCUCACAGUAACAUGAAAGUGACGACAGGACAAUUCAGCGCAGAACAAACGGCCUUAUCCAGUGCUCAACAACGCCAGACCACAACCAACAGUGGUUUCUUCAAUCAGGAAAAACACCGCUCAACGACUCACUCUGUUUACACAACAACCACCAAAGGAAUAACCACAUCUGUACAAACGAAACAGAUUCAACUCGGAGGAACCAUAGAGGAAGACAAACUACUCAGCAUGUCUUUGGACGACCUAGAGACACUCACGACAGACUCGAAUCCUCAAGAUGUCGAGAUCGCCAUAAAAAAAUAUUCCCUGUACUUGGACCAGUCGAUUAAGUGCCUUCAGAGAGUAGGGGAGGGCGCCAAGACCCCCUUGAUCCUCAACAAAGUAUACGACGUGAUGCAGAAAGCAUGGGCUGUGCCGACGCACGGCCACGAGCUUGGCUAUUCGCUUUGCAACAUUCUACGCAGCUGCGGGGGUCUUGAUCUGCUUAUUUCCUACUGCACCAAACCGAACAUAGACUUGAAGUAUCACACGGCGAGGUUGUUAGAGCAAUGCUUAACUACUGAAAAUAGGGCGUACGUUGUUCAACACGGUUUGGAAAAAGUUGUGAACGUGGCUUGCGCUUGUACCAACAGCAAGAGGAACACCAACUCCGUGGAGCACUCGAGGGUUGGUACCGGUAUUUUGGAACAUUUGUUCAAACACAGCGAAGAGACGUGCAGUGACGUGGUACGUCUGGGUGGUUUAGAUGCUCUUCUGUUCGAGUGCCGAAACAGCGACAUAGAAAUAUUGAGGCACUGCGCUGGAGCUCUGGCGAAUCUGAGUUUGUACGGUGGUACUGAAAACCAGGAGGCGAUGAUAAAAAGAAAGGUACCCAUGUGGUUGUUCCCUCUGGCAUUCCACGCUGACGACAACAUCAAGUACUACGCCUGCUUAGCCAUAUCCGUCUUGGUGGCGAACGCAGAAAUCGAAGCCGACGUACUCAGAUCCGGUACUCUAGAUCUGGUAGAACCGUUCGUAACCUCCCACAAUCCUUCUGAUUUCGCCAAGUCGAAUCUGGCGCACGCGCACGGUCAGAACAAGACCUGGCUGCAACACUUGGUACCUGUAUUGAACUCGAAACGUGAGGAAGCUAGAAACCUGGCCGCCUUCCAUUUUUGCAUGGAGGCCGGGAUCAAGAAGGAGCAGGGAAACACCAAUAUAUUCGGCGAGAUUGGCGCUAUUGCGUCCUUGAAGAUGGUGGCCAGUUGUCCGAACGCUGUGGCUUCGAAAUACGCAGCGCAGGCGUUGAGGCUGAUCGGCGAGGUGGUACCGCACAAGCUGAGUCAGCAGGUACCGCUCUGGUCGUUCGAAGAUGUGGCGGAAUGGGUCAAGCAGAUAGGGUUCGAGGAAGACGCCACCAAGUUUUUCGAAUGCAAAGUUGAUGGGGAUUUGCUGUUGCAGUUGACUGAGGACAAUCUUAUUAACGACAUCGAGUUGACUAAUGGUAUCAAAAGGAAAAGGUUCACGCGAGAAUUACAAAAACUAAAAAAAAUGGCAGACUAUUCGUCGAAGGACACAACCAACAUAAACAAUUUCCUACAGAACCUCAGCCCCGAACUGAGCAUUUACACCUACAACUUCCUGAACGCCGGCGUAGAAAAGAAGGACUCUCUGAUACACCUCUCCGAAGACCAGUUAUUGGAGGAAUGUAGAAUAACGAAUUCGAUCCAUAGGUUCAGGAUACUGGAAGGUAUAAGGCAGCUAGAGAAAGGGAUGGAAAACCCCAGCGAAGAUAAUUUAGAUAAGACUCUAGACGUUUUCGUCAGUUAUAGAAGGUCGAAUGGAUCGCAGCUGGCCAGUUUGUUGAAGGUCCAUCUUCAACUGAGAGGUUUUAGUGUGUUCAUCGAUGUCGAGAGGUUAGAAGCUGGGAAGUUCGAUAACAACUUGCUUCAGAGCAUACAGAAGGCUAAGCACUUUAUAUUAGUUUUAACGCCAUCUGCUCUGGAUAGGUGCAAGCAAGAUUGUGAAAGAAAAGACUGGGUACAUAGGGAAAUCGUAGCAGCUCUACAGGCACAAUGUAAUAUAAUUCCAAUAACAGACAACGCGUUUACAUGGCCCGAGCCAGAUGAACUACCCGAAGACAUGAGACAAGUGUGUCAUUUCAAUGGAGUGAGGUGGAUACAUGACUAUCAAGACGCCUGCGUGGAUAAACUCGAAAGGUUCAUGCGUGGGGAGAUGAGUGUACGAGACUGCAACAGAUUCAUGGGCAAAGGAGACAUUACGCCCGGUACACCUUCAAACCUGGGAAUCGGUAGGAAUCCACCAAACUACCAGAGAAUGCACAGCAACGACUCUGGCAACGGCAAAGACAAAGAUGUUAACGGGAACUCAGGUCUAGGUCGUGGGGAUUGACUAGAUGGUCCCCUAGCCUCGGGAUUACCUUCAUCUUUACCAAGGCUAUAAUUUCAGAUUCUACAAAUCAGCAGCUCCUACUCGCAAUUGGAUAAUAAACGGAAACAAACGCAACACUCACAGAGAUUUGCCUCCUUUAUAUCCCUAUUCCAGAAGGGGAUCGAAUACUCGAAUACCCGCAAUGUCCUCCAUUGGCCCUCUGGUCGGCCCGAAUCGAUCUCGUAGUUUAGACGGUCUCCUGGACGCUGAGCCGGACAAGUCGACAAUAGAUGCAACUACAAACGAAACAACUCCGUCCCAAACAACAAGAAGCUGUGACGAGCUAGAUAAAGACUUGAGCGAUAUCAGCAAAGAAGAAACAGAGAAGAAAACGAACUCCAUGAGUUUGGACACCACUGAUAACGAGGAUGACAAGACAUCAAUGUACAGUUCGUCGAGUGACUCUAAACGAAAAAGAAAUUUUAUGGACAGAUGUGUCAAUAAAGUUAAAAAUUUAAUAAUUAAGAAAUAAGGACAAUUCUUAUUAGGAUAAACUUUGUGACAUUUUGUUCUUCCACAAAUGAUUUUAUUUAAUGCCCAAGAUUCAAAAUAAUUAUAUUAAUUAUUAUCUCGGCGAAAUUUCGAAAGUAAUUAUUGUCUACUGUUUCAACCUAACCUUUGUGAAAUUGUGGAUUUUUGUUGUGAAAUUUGUUGAACGAAUUGUUUUGGUGAUAUUUAUGUAAGUUAUUCUUUGAUAAGAAAAUGGCAACUAUCUUUUUGAAGCAUAAGUUUUUAUCUAACGCUGUGAAUUUUCAAUUCGGUGGAAACCACAAUUUACAAAUUCCUUCGACAACACUGCAACACAAUUGUCAAUCUUCUAGCGUUUGCAAGCCACUUCAAAAAAGCUACGCCAUUUCAGAACGAGCUGUUAUAUCUUUUUGGAUGUAUCAAUGGCUUUAACAUAUUAUAAGUAUUUUAUAAAUCUAGCAAUCGAAAUAUUUUUUUUAUCUGUUAUAAUAUUUAAAAUAUAUUUUAUUAAGAAUA